AGGGGGGCAACAACGCUGGGCACACAGUCGUGGUGGAUGGCAAGGAGUAUGACUUUCACCUGCUACCCAGCGGUAUCAUCAACACCAAGGCCGUGUCAUUCAUUGGCAAUGGUGUGGUCAUCCACUUGCCAGGCUUGUUUGAAGAGGCAGAGAAGAACGAAAAGAAAGGCCUGAAGGACUGGGAGAAGCGGCUCAUCAUCUCUGAUCGGGCCCACCUUGUCUUUGACUUCCACCAGGCAGUGGAUGGGCUGCAGGAAGUCCAGCGUCAGGCACAAGAGGGGAAGAACAUUGGCACCACCAAGAAGGGAAUUGGACCAACGUACUCCUCCAAAGCUGCCCGGACAGGCCUCCGUAUCUGCGACCUCCUGUCGGAUUUUGAUGAGUUUUCCGCCAGAUUCAAGAACCUGGCCCUCCAGCACCAGUCCAUGUUCCCCACCCUGGAAAUAGAUGUGGAAGGUCAACUCAAAAAGCUCAAGGGCUUUGCUGAGCGGAUCAGACCCAUGGUUCGAGAUGGUGUCUACUUCAUGUAUGAGGCACUCCAUGGCCCCCCCAAGAAGAUCCUGGUAGAAGGUGCCAACGCAGCCCUCCUUGACAUUGAUUUCGGGACCUACCCCUUUGUGACUUCCUCCAACUGCACCGUGGGUGGCGUGUGCACAGGCCUGGGCAUCCCACCUCAGAACAUAGGUGACGUGUAUGGUGUGGUAAAGGCCUACACCACCCGUGUGGGCAUUGGGGCCUUCCCCACGGAGCAGAUCAACGAAAUUGGAGAUCUGCUACAGAACCGCGGCCAUGAGUGGGGGGUGACCACAGGCAGGAAGAGACGCUGCGGGUGGCUGGACCUGAUGAUCCUGAGAUACGCUCACAUGGUCAAUGGCUUCACCGCGCUGGCCUUGACCAAGCUGGACAUUCUAGAUGUCCUGAGCGAGAUUAAAGUUGGCAUCUCCUACAAGCUCAACGGGAAGAGGAUUCCUUAUUUCCCUGCUAACCAGGAGAUACUGCAGAAGGUGGAGGUAGAGUACGAAACACUGCCUGGAUGGAAAGCAGAUACCACUGGUGCCAGGAAGUGGGAAGACCUUCCCCCGCAGGCCCAGAGCUAUGUGCGGUUUGUGGAGAAUCACUUGGGUGUGGCAGUCAAAUGGGUUGGCGUUGGGAAGUCCAGAGAGUCCAUGAUCCAGCUGUUUUAGACGCCAAGCAGAAGCCAGCAGGCCACACCAUGGCCCGCUGCCACGAGUGAGCAGCUGCAGCCAAGAUCCUCAGUGGU